AUGUUGUUCUCUCCGCUCCUUCUUCUCCUUCCCGCUGUUAGUCAUGCCUCUUGGUUGCCCUUCAGGCGAGGACAGCCUUCGAUCCCCGAAGACUGUACUGUGACAAGCACUCUUUCCCCUAUCACUAUGACGAGCAUCCAUCCUACCUCUACCAUUGGAGCCCAUGGCUCAGGCUCUGGUUCUGGUGGUUCUGGUGGCUCUAGCUCUGGCUCUAGCUCUGGCUCUGGCUCUGGCUCUGGCUCUGGUGGCUCCGGCCAUGGUCAGGUGACAGGCGGCGGCUCACUCAUCUACACUACUGCCCUCCCAACCCUUGGCCCCAAUGGUCCAGGAGUACAUACUUAUACCAUCACCGCCCCCUGCGCCUCGUCUCACUGCCAGAGACCUGCCCCCACCGAGUGUCCUCCUGGCUUCACCACCACAGCCGUUAUCUGCCACGUCUGUGGCGAGCACCCAGUAACCACCACUUUGACUCUACCUAUCGAGUCAGCCACAGCUGCUCAGGGGUCUCACGGUGGGGCCGCCAAGGCUGGCUCUACUCUGACUGCGGUUGUCACGGCCGUUAGUCACAAGUCCGUCGCGCCUGUUUCCCCUGCUGAGAGCGUGUACCCGUGGAUCUCUCGCGGUGGUCCUGAAUUGCCCGACGACCAGAAACCGUCUCAGGUCCCUGGUGGCUCGGGUUCCAAGCAUGAUGGUGCUGGAAAAGGCGACGAAUUACCCGAGGGCCCAAAGAGUACUGGCGCUGCCGAGUCGCCCGAGGGCCCUAAGAAUACCGGUGUUCCCGAAUCGCCCGGGGGUGCGGACGCUAGUUCUCACACUACUACUGUGGAUGCGCCCAACGGAGCCUCUACUGCAGCGGGUAAUGAAGCCGGGCACGGAGACGGAGAUGAAGCGGGAUCGGAGUCGGCAUCUCCUUCUGACGACGCUAGUCCGUCCGCCGUCGUUGUUACUGGCCACGCACCCGAGGCUAAGGUGACCAAGUCCGUUGUCAUCAAGGCCGUCCUCUUUGCUACCAUGGUCUUGUAUCCUCUAUACCUCUAA